UUCCAUUCGCGUGCGAGACGCUCAAGUUCGUUGCGGUUCGAUCGGCUUUAUAAUCGGAAUUUAUCAUUUAUAUCGAAGAAUUUUGGAAAUAUGAAGCUGCUGUUGGUAGCCCUGUUGGCUACGUUGGCGCUAACGCAAGCCCUUGUCAAGGAGGAGAUACAGGCUAAAGAGUAUUUGGAGAAUCUAAACAAGGAGCUGGCCAAGCGCACCAAUGUGGAAACGGAGGCCUCCUGGGCCUACGGCUCCAAUAUCAAUGAUGAGAACGAAAAGAAGAAGAACGAGGUAUCCGCCGAAUUGGCCAAGUUCAUGAAGGAGGUGUCCGUCGAUAUACAGAAAUUUAAUUGGCGGAGCUAUCAGAGCGACGACCUGAAACGCCAAUUCAAGGCGCUCUCCAAACUGGGCUAUGCCGCUCUGCCCGAGGCAGACUAUGCCGAGUUCUUGGAGACGGUCUCCGCCAUGGAAUCCAAUUUUGCCAAAGUCAAGGUGUGCGAUUACAGAAAUAGUAGCAAAUGUGAUUUGGCACUCGAACCAGAAAUCGAAGAGGUCAUCACCAAGAGUCGCGAUCACGAGGAACUCAAGUACUAUUGGACACAGUUUUAUGAUAAGGCCGGCACCGCGGUGCGACCCCAAUUUGAGCGUUACGUAGAGCUGAAUACCAAGGCGGCCAAGCUGAAUAACUUCACCUCGGGCGCUGAGCUCUGGCUGGAUGAAUACGAGGAUGACACGUUCGAGCAGCAGCUGGAUGAUAUCUUUGCCGAAAUCCGCCCGCUCUAUGAGCAAAUCCAUGGCUAUGUGCGUUAUCGUUUGAGGAAACAUUAUGGCGAUGAGGUUGUGCCCGAGAAGGGACCGCUGCCCAUGCAUCUGCUGGGCAAUAUGUGGGCACAGCAGUGGUCCGAUAUUGCGGAUCUUGUCUCACCGUUCCCGGACAAGCCGCUGGUUGAUGUCUCCGCGGAGAUGGUCAAGCAGGGCUAUACGCCAUUGAAAAUGUUCCAAAUGGGCGAUGAUUUCUUUACCUCCAUGAAUCUGACCAAGUUGCCACAAGAGUUCUGGGACAAGUCGAUCAUUGAGAAGCCCACAGAUGGCCGAGAUUUGGUCUGCCAUGCCAGCGCCUGGGAUUUCUAUCUGCAAAAUGAUGUGCGCAUUAAGCAAUGCACACAGGUGACCCAGAGCCAGCUGUUCACCGUGCACCAUGAGUUGGGACAUAUCCAAUACUUCCUGCAAUACCAGCAUUUGCCUUUUGUUUACCGCACUGGCGCUAAUCCUGGUUUCCAUGAGGCUGUUGGCGAUGUUCUCUCCCUGUCGGUGUCCACGCCCAAACAUCUUGAAAAGAUUGGCCUGCUCAAGGACUUUGUACUUGAUGAGGAGGCGCGCAUCAAUCAGCUCUUCCUGACAGCGCUCGAUAAGAUUGUAUUCCUGCCGUUUGCUUUCACAAUGGACAAAUACCGUUGGUCGCUCUUCCGCGGUCAAGUGGACAAAUCCAACUGGAAUUGUGCAUUUUGGAAGCUGCGUGAGGAAUACUCCGGCAUUGAGCCGCCAGUGGUGCGCAGCGAGAAGGACUUUGAUGCGCCCGCCAAAUAUCAUGUUUCCGCGGAUGUGGAGUAUCUGAGAUAUCUGGUCUCGUUCAUCAUUCAAUUCCAAUUCUACAAGUCCGCUUGCGUCAAGGCGGGCCAGUAUGAUGCCAACAAUCCAGAGCUACCUUUGGAUAACUGCGAUAUCUAUGGCAGCGCAGCCGCUGGCGCUGCUUUCCAUAACAUGCUCUCGCUGGGCGCCUCCAAGCCCUGGCCCGAUGCACUGGAGGCCUUUAACGGAGAGCGCAUCAUGACCGGCAAGGCCAUAGCCGAAUAUUUUGAGCCCCUGCGCGUCUGGCUGGAGGCGGAGAAUAUUAAAAAUAAUGUUCCCAUCGGCUGGACAGCCUCCGAUAAAUGUGUGUCCACCUGAGUACGAGUGUCUCCCGGCAAUUUCUAAAGUUCUUUUGCUCCAACAAGUUCGUCAUAGCUUUGAUAAUGUGCAGUAUUAAAAGCCAUUUAAAAAUCAAAA